AUGGCCUCACCAAACAAGCUGCAGCGCAAGCCUUCCAUACUCGGGAUGGGCAGGAACUCUCGGCCGCACCGUCUCACACCUUCUGCUAACAUGCUGCCUUCGACACCCAUAUCAUCCGAAUCUCCUGGCUCUCAACCUGAACGUCGUCAAAAUGGCCUGCUGCUCACACCACCCUCGUCAUCUCCGGCAUCAGCAGCGUCUCCACUAAUCAUCUUGAGGUUUGCCAAAGCAUUUGUAGACGCUAUGAACGUUACGCAGCUCUCCAAUUUCCUCAUCUGGAUACUAUACUACGAGAUCGUUGAGCUGCCGGAAAACCCAGAGGCUUGGUAUGCCCUAAUCGACAACAUGGACAUGCGUGGGUGGGUUGCCCUAGGAGAGUUCCUGGCGAAGUCACAAGAAUCGGGUGAUGGAUAUGGCUUUGAUCUGAUUGUGUUGGAUUCCAUCUGUGAUCGAAUUCGAUUAUCACGUCUGACAGUCCACACGUUGCUGAUCCGCUUCGCCGAUCCAGAGAAGAUGAAACACAGCAUUCUCGCAACAGUAGGAGCAAAUCAUCUAAAGCCACCACAAGGGUCACAGUACGCAUCAUGGCAGGCUAGCAUCCAAGUACGCAUGCGUGCAUUUCUGGAUAUGGUGAUCGGCCCACGCAUUACUCAUGUGCGUACAGGUAAGCCGCUUACGACUGUUGCAACCUCGGAGCAGCUCUCGAAGGAGGUUACAGAAGGCAUCAGAAUGAACUUUCUCUACGAAGCCAUGCAACAGGAGCGUAAUGUACCAUUGAAGCGCUAUGGCAUUCAUCAAGGUCACAACAAACAUGGAAACCAGACUCUGCAAUCGUCUUCGUCUCCAUUGAACGAGAACGAGGUCGAGCGAUCACGAAAUCAUGCUAUUGCGCUCAUGGCCGAGAAUCGUGAAUUGCGUUCUGAUAUCACAAUUCUACUGCAGGAUAAGGAGAAAUUAAUCAAAGCAAACGAGAAGCUGGCACAAAAGGCUUCUAAACUCGUCGCUUCACAAGUCCCACUACGCCCUUCCCGCCCUCGUUCUGUUUCUACCGGCGACAUGGAAGCUCUCGCUACAGCUCUCGAACAAGGCCUCAACAUCACUAAGCAUCAUCGUCAGAACUCGGAGAUUCUAGCUCAAAAGUAUGACGACGUGUUUUCUAGCUUGCAGUCUUCCCCGCUGCCCGCUCUCCGCCUCUCGGCACUCCCAGCGCCAUUGACGCCUUCACCUUCAUCAGCCAACGGCAGUGCGACUCGACCGAUGACUCUAGGGGAUGCGCCGAGGAGUGGGAGGCGUAGUGGCAUGAUCUUCGGUGGAGAUAAUAUGGGGCAUCUGGCUGGGGGAGGAACACCAACAGCGGAGGAUAGUGAUGAGGAUGAGGAUGGAGGAAGGAGUGGUGGGUAUGUACCUGUUACGCCGACGCCGCAGGGGAGGAAGAGAUUUGAUCUGCUGGAGUAG